AUUGUCAAGUUGGGAGUAGUGAAGGAGAGACACUUGGCGCGCGUUGGAAAAUGAAAAUUACAAAAAAAAAAAAAAACAAAAAAAAACAGACUUUCUUUGCCUGACUGAUCAAUUCACAACUUUCGUCUCUCUCUCUCCUCAGAGCAAUGGCAGACGUAUGUCCGACUGAGGAUGCUAUAGAGGCAUUAUUGGAAUACCUGGUUGAUCCACUGCUUCCGGUAAAAUCUUUAUUGCGGGAAACCCCAUCGCAAUCUCAGCAGCAAUCAAUUGCAAAACAGGUGUAUGCUGUCGUAUUACUAUAUAACUACUACCACAGGAAACAAUACCCUAAGCUAGAAUUUUUGGGUUUUGAGUCAUUUUGCAAGUUGGCUGUGGUUCUUAGACCAGCCUUGUUGGCACAUUUGACAUUUAUGCAAGGAUCCAAUGAUAUUGAGUUAGAGGACCUGGACAAAAAAUUCUCGAUAACAGAGAAAAUGAUCGUGGAUGCCUGCAAUGUAUCUAAAAGUCUAGAUGCUUCAAGAGAAGUUCCAUACAUUGAGGGGUGGCCAAUUUCCAAAGUUGCUGUUCUUUUAAUCGACUCAAAGAAAGAAAACUGCUUUUUAUUGUUCAGUUCCAUCACCCAGGGGGUAUGGUCAGUGUUUCAGAAAGACGUGGAUGUCUUGAGCCAAAGUUCAGAAGGUACAGUGGAAGCAAAGAAUUCAGAUAAAAAAAGAAGAGUCAUGAUCAGAAAUUUAAGAGUUGAAUCGAAGAUUAAUGAAGCUGCUUUACAGCAACUUGCAUAUUUAGCUGUUAAGGAGGCAACAGGUAUUAGUCAGAGCGACCUUUUGGCUUUGGAAAACCAUCUUGUGUAUUCUGUGAGUAAAGAAAAGACAGCUACCCGCUUUUACAUUAUGAUGUGCACUGAAUCAGUCAAUAAGGAUGUCAACCAAGUUCCCAUUAAAGAUGCUAUCGACAGCUUGCAGGGUCCUUUGAUAAGAAAGAGUUUUGGCAGAUGGACAGUUACUCCAGUUGUUGAGUAUUUCCAUGUCCUUCCUUAUGUUGGGAUUUUUUCGGAAUGGAUUUGUAGGCAAGAACAUCUAAAUAUUUUUCAAGAUUCAAGGGUGGGAAAUAUCCUUGAGUGGCCGGAAGAUCCUUGUAAGACAGAAAUACAUAAAAGCCGAAAGAGAUCUCAUGUAAAUGAUGACACAGGAGGGGGUCUUGGCAGCAAGAUAAGUGGUGUUGAUUCAGAAUCUUCCACGCUGAAAGGAACCUAUGGAGUUUGCAAGAUUGGUUUGCCCCAUGCUCUCAGUGAGCCUCAUAUCUUCCAGAAUGGAAAAAAAUGCAAUCAUAGUUCCAAUAUAACUGAAGCAGAUGACCACGCAAACGUGUUACCUCCCUUUCAUGCAGGAAGUGAUGUAAAUAGCUCAGCAAGUCAUGUUGAUGUUAAGCAGUUUGAGACAAUGGAUUCAACAAUAAGGUCAACCACUACCAUGUGCAGAGCUAUGAAGGCUUCUCAUGGAGACAAUGUCAGUGGGUAUAUCUCGUCAGAUCAGGAUGGAAUUGGUGCUCGUUCCCCAGCCACCUAUCAUUCAAAGUCUAAAGAUCUUGAAAAGCUACAAAUUACCUUGACUUCAAAGGAAAACAAAUUGUCACAAACUGCUUUAAAAGUUCUCAUUUCAAGAAGGGAUAUACUGUCUUUACAGCUGCGCCAUUUAGAGGAUGAGAUUGCUCAGUGUGAUAAAAAAAUCCAGACAAUUUUAAAUGAGCGGCUAAGGAUGCUUGGGAAGCAGUUAGGAGGAGCUAUCUUGACGUCUUUAAUUUUUCUGAAGUUUAUGAAUUGAUGAAGAAGUCCUUUCAAUUACGCUAAGAUGGUCUGCCUCUUGCAGAACACUAUAAUGAUUUGAACUCAAUAUUUGUGGAACUUGAUUAUUGGAGGCUCAAUGUUAUGACAUCCAUCAGAUAUUGAGAAACAAAGGAAAUGUAUUGUUGAGGCCUUGAUCGCAAUUUAGAUCAAGUUAGUAGUUGUGUUUUGGCUACUCCUUUACCAAGUCUAGAAGAAACAUAUUCAGUGGUUCGGCAUGAAGAGCAGAGACAGCUCACCAUGAGAACAGAAGAUUGCUCUGAGGCUUCAGCCCUUGCUGUGUAAAAGAAUAACUCUCGGCCAACACCACAUGUUUCUUCUUCCAAUUCCUCUUCUCGUUUCUGUGCUAACUUUAAUAGCACCAGGCAUACAGACGAUGUUUGCUGGAAGAAGCAUGGCUAUCUGGAGUGGUACAAACUUAAACAAGCUGAAAGAAAGAAAAAGAAAUCUACUCAGGUUGCCCUCACGGAUACCUCUCCAUGUUAUGCUUCUCAUAUGACUCGUUUGUCUUCUAAGGAAGGUAAUUCUGGUUCGGCCUUUAUUUCUGCUGCUGGUAGCACUUGGGUUAUUGAUUCAGGGGGCCACUGAUGACAUGACUACUGAAUCUUCUUACUCGACUCACUGAUGCUUUCAUCUAUCAAGUCUGUCUAGGUUGCUAAUGGGACUCCUAUGCCAAUCUCAGAGGCAGGGAACAUUUCACUAUCAUCAUCGUUCUCCUUAACAUUUCACUAUCAUCAUUGUUCUCCAUGUCUUCUGUUUUUCUUGUGCCUAAUCUUUCUGAUAGUCUCCUUUUGAUUAGCAAGAUCAUCAAACAUCUUACUUGUUCUGUAACCUUUUAUUCAACUCAUGGUGUGUUUUAGGACAAUCUUACGAAGAUAACGAUUGACAUUGGUAGGGAAAGAGGAGGUCUUUACAAUUUAGAGAGGACAACAGAUUUACCAUCUGAACAUGGACAUGGUUUUCAAGUAGCAACAGGGAUGUCUAAUGGAGAUAAGAUUUUUUUUAUGGCAUUGUUGUUUGGGUCAUCCUUCUUUUCUUUAUUUAGAAAGUUUAUUCCCUCAUUUAUCUCAGAAUGUUUUUCUUUCUAGCUUAAGGUGCAGACAAUGCAUUUAUGCUAAAAAUCAUUGUGUACCUUUUAAAAUAAGUUUCAAUAAAAGUCCAGUUCCUUUCACAUGUGUU